CCCGCCCCGCGGCCCCUCAGCGGCGCCGCCAUGUUGGCGGAGCUGAACGAGCUGCUCGGGGCCGCCCCGGAGCGCCCGGACGCGGGUAAAUUCACACUGCUGCGAGACACCCGGACAGAUGGCAGCUUCCUGGUGCACCACUUCCUCUCCUUCUACCUCAGAGCUGGCUGCAAGGUUUGCUUUGUGGCCCUGCUCCAGUCCUUCAGCCACUACAACAUCGUGGCGCAGAAGCUGGGAGUCAAUCUGGCAGCUGCCAAGGAGCAGGGACAGCUUGUCUUCCUGGAGGGCCUCCAGUCCUGCCUUGACCUCCUGUUUGGGGAGGAGGAGCAGCCAGGACAGCCCAAUCCUCUGCAGUUUGUGAGCAGGAGCACCCCUGAGCUGCGAGCCCUGUUUGACUUUGUGCGGGUGUCCCUGAGUGCUGCUGAUUCCUGGAAAGGCCCCGUGCUGCUGGUGGAUGACCUCAGUGUCCUGCUGAGCCUGGGGGCUGCACCCGUGGCCGUGCUGGACUUCAUCCACUACUGCCGAGUGUACGUGUGCUGCCAGCUGAAGGGGAACGUCGUGGUGCUGGUUCACAGCAACGAGGAUUCAGAAGAUGAGGAGAAUGAACUGGUUGUGAACUCCCUGUGUCAUCACAGCGACCUCAUCCUGUGGGCAGAGGGGCUGGCCACCGGCUUCUGCAAGGAUGUUCACGGGCAGAUUAAGAUAAUCAAGAGAUUGUCCUUGCGGCAGGCGGCAGAGCAGGAUCUGGUGCAGACCUACCAGUACAAGAUCCAGGACAGGAACGUCUCCUUUUUCGCGCCGGGGCUGUCGGCUGCGGUCCUGUGACACUGUGACCGUGCGAACCCCGGAAGGGCAAGCCCCGCCCCCGCAAAAGCACCACCAGCACCUCUCAGGAGCAGCACAGCAAACUGACCCUGGAGGGACGCUCAGACACACCUGGAAGUGCUGCCAGCGUGGGAUCAGCCUGCCUGGGCCCUGCUGCAUCCCUUUGUUCUCCCACCCCAUUCCCAACACGCUCAGGCCAAGGAAGGGAGCAAGAACUUGCAAGAAUGGCCCUUAGAGCAUGUAAAUACAGGCAGGGGUGCCCUGCAGGCUGGGUGUGCCUCGCCUCACCUUUUCCGGUGGUUGGGCACAGCAUGGCAGUGCCAGGCACUGCAGGAAGGGAGCACCCCCUCCCUGCCGCUGGCACGGGAGGAGAUGACACAGAGCGGGUGGAGCAGGGACGGUCCGGGAGCCUGGCGCAAUCCUCUCCUCGCUCCCAGCUCUGGCUGGCAAAGAUCUGCCCAGCUCCCACGCAGGUGGUAAAUCCACAGCUCCGUGUAUAGCCCUCACCUGGCUGUGCUGGGACCUGGGUGCUGCUCUGCUUUAUCCCCUGUGGCUUCCCAAGGUGGGCCUUGUGGUUGGAUAAACCCCUCUGGGAGCCUUGUCUCAGCCACUGCUUCCUCAUCCCAAACCCUGACUAGCAAUUACAUGACCUGCCUGUGCUGAAGCGGGUUUUUUAUUAAUAAUCCACAAUUUUAGUGAGAUAAGGGUACAGGGAUUGAGUAACCACGGAUCUCUGGGUGGGAACUGCUCCCCACCUGAUCCUUGGCAGGGAGCAGGAAUGGGCAUCUCCCAAGGCUGGAUGAGGACAGGGCCUUCCCCAUGGCCACGGGGGCAAUCCUGGGAGCAGAGCUCUGGCUUGGAGGUCUCCUGGUAGCUUCUCCUGCUGGGAUAUCGCAUUUAUCCUGGGAGAUCAAAACAUCCCACACACUUGUGAGAGUCCAGAGCAGCCUGCCAGGUCCUUGCAGCUCCAGAGCUGGGAUAGCAACUCUGGCAGUGGGACACAUUCCUGAUUUUCCACUUAGACUCAGUGACCCAUCCCAUGCUGGUUUGGGAAAGUGCCCUUUGCCUUAGAGUUUUGGGAGCCAUGGCAAGCUCAGGGCUGUGGCUGCUGAGCUAGGCAGGCUCCAGGAGUUGUGGCAAAGCCACAUGCAGGGAGGGGAGCCAGGCCGUGUGUGUGCUACGGGAUCACUCGUCCCUGGUGUCCCCGGGGCUCUCCGUGCUCUGCUGUGGCAGUGCCCAGUGCCACUGCUGCUGUCCCAGCGUGCUGGCAGUGCCCAGGGGGCAGUGCACUGCCACAGUCUGCAAAGGGAGGAUGAGAGGAGCGGUAGCAGCAGCUCAAAGUGCAUCUGUGACGGGCACAGAAUGGUGUGUAAUUGGGGUAACAUCUGUAUGGUUAUCCUUGGAGAGAUCCCAAAGCCUGGCUCCCAGGCUCUGCCUCCCUCUUUUGAAACCAGCAGGGUCAUCGUGUGACAUCAUGGCUGUGUGACAUCAUGGCUGUGUGGCAUC